UGUAGCCGUCAUCGUAAUCGUCAUUGUAGUCACGGUCGUCGUCGUCAUUGUGAUCGCCGUCGUCUUCGUCGUCGUUCGUCCGCGUUACAUAGACGCUACGAGAUCGUGGUACUCGAGAGUCCCGGUGCGGUAACCGUGUCGUGCUGUGAUCCGUGGAACGCGGACGUCUCACUCGCACACUUCGAACGCAAAAAGGGGCACCUGUGAGCGCUCCACGAGAACGUGUUCCGCGUUCGCGCCACCACCAUCGCCAACGACGACGACGACGGUGACGGUGGUGAUGGUCGUCGUCACGAUGCGUUACAUCGUAACACGGCCGUGCUUGUUCUCCUUUUCCGCCUCGCGAUUUCCUCAAAUUCAGCUUCGCAACAAAGAAGAUAUAGAGCGAUAUUCCGCGAAAGAAAUUGACGUGUCACAUAUAUAUCUGUAUUCGCGAAGAUCCCUAUCAGAGAGAGUCUGCUAAGUGCGUCUGUGCAUUGUGUGUGUGUGUGUGCGCGCGCGCGCGUGACACGCUCGACUUUGUUGGUAUAGUCACGUUUAGAGGAUAAUGAUGCGCGCCACAGCAACGCGAGGUUGCUCUUUAAACGGGAAUGCAUCCAUCCGUUUUUUGUUGCCUGCUGACGUUCGUCGAGUAAGUGCGUGCGCGCACACGCCCGGAGACUCGACGUACGUACUCGCCAGAGCGUUUACCGUGGUGAUCUUUCGUGCGCGGCGGCCAGAAGAGUACGCGUAGCGGCGCAUGGAGAGAAUCAACCUCUGCAUUUAAUAAAGAAGAGUGCAAUUUGUUAGAGGAACGUGUACAUCAUUACUCCCAUCAAUUCUAGGCUUUUGUUGUGAUUCGGAGUAUUCUAUAUUUCCGGGCAAGACCUAGCUUCGUCAACAACGCCAGCGAUAUUUCAUUAGUCAAGAAUGGCAAUGCAGAAGAUGAGAAGACAGGGCCAAGACGUCAUGCAGGUGAAUCUAGCAGGUAUUAGGCGAGAUAUAAUGAAUCUUGCCCACAAUUACAGCAAUGCUCAGAAAGCUGUACGAAAAGCUACCAGCAAUGAUCCCUGGGGUCCAAGUAGUACACUUAUGGCGGAAAUUGCUGACUUAACGUAUAACGUUGUAGCAUUUACGGAAAUUAUGCAAAUGCUAUGGAAGAGAUUAAACGAUCAUGGGAAAAAUUGGCGACACGUAUACAAAGCCCUAGUUCUCUUAGAAUACCUUAUUAAGACAGGAUCUGAAAAGGUAGCACAACAGUGCAAGGAAAAUAUUUUUGCCAUCCAAACCUUGAAAGACUUUCAAUACAUGGAUGGACAUAAAGAUCAAGGAAUUAACGUACGAGAAAAAGCAAAACAAUUAGUGGCCUUAUUAAAAGAUGACGAAAGAUUGAGAAAUGAGCGUGCUAGAGCUUUAAAAGCAAAAGAAAGAUUUGCGCAGUCAGUCAGUGGUUUUGGAAGUGAUGGUUUGGAUACCAUGUCGCCUGUUAGCAGUGACUUUCAGGAUUGGGAGCCUUGCCACUUAUCCGAACCAACGUCUAGACGUGCGACGGAACUUGAAGCCGCAAGACCGCAAACAGUAGGCGAGGAAGAAUUACAACUACAAUUGGCUUUAGCUAUGUCAAGGGAGGAGGCGGAACAAGAGGAACAAAGAAGACGCAGCGAUGAUGUUAGAUUGCAAUUAGCUCUUAGUCAAAGUCAACAAGAUUUCAAAGCUCCACAACCUGAGAAACAAAGUCACAUGCUCGAUUUACUGGACGUAGCUUUGGGAGAAGCGAGUGGCCCUUCCGUACAGACCGAUCCCUGGGGUAUUCCGAUAACGGCAGCGCCACCAAGACCGCAGUCUUUGGAUUUAACUGAAUAUCAUAAAUGUAAGGCGCAGAAUGACCCAUGGAGUGUUCCAACAACGAGUAGCGCAUCACCCGUAGUAGAUCCGUGGACGCCCGUCCCUCCACAACGACCAAGAUCCUCAGCAGCCACUAUCGAUCCGUGGCGUGCACCUGCUCCAUCGCCUGCUACAGUGGUGUCUCCUCGUACAACAGAUCCCUGGUCACCGGUUCCAAACACUACUGAAUCGGAGGCGAACAAGUUGCAGCCGGCCCAAGAUGGUAUGACAUCUCCAUCGCCAGCCUUCAAUAAUUCAACGUUGACGCAGAACAUCGGUUUCGCGGCGCAGUCACCUCAGAAUAUAGGUUUUAACUUGCCGGUAUCUUCGGCCACAACUAGCUUCAAUACUACUAGCAACGGUUUCAAUGGGACGGGGCUGGGUUUCAACUUUUCCACUCCGAACAACAGCAAUACCGCCGCGACGAGUCCACUUAGUGAUUUAGAUGAAUUCGAUGUAAUUACUAAUAGGGGAAAACUUGGAGCCAGUCCACAAACGGUGAACAAUGACGGUGCAGCAUCGUCGGGAGAUCCUUUCGACUUAGGAGGCAUGGCUGAAAAUCUUCCUGCUAGCACUGGCGCAGUGAAGAAAACGCCACAGUCCUUCUUAGGAGAGAACUCUGCGCUCGUCAAUCUGGAUAAUCUUGUCAGCGCUUCGGCGAUCAAGCCUGCAGCUCCCACGCCUGCAGCAACCAUGUCGUAUUCAGCAAAUCCAUUUGCAACUGUGACGCCACCACCCCGUCCUACAAUCAAUCAGAUUCGACAGGAUCCAUGGACAGCUUCUACAGCUAAUCCGUUCCUCUCGUAGCCUGAUCAAUCGAAAAGCUUCAAUAGUGAUCUACGAGACGUUUGCGGUUCCACAUGUAACCCUGUACGGUAUAGAUUUUGGUUAAAAUACGAUUUAAUUGUGACAAUUAUGGGUGAAAGAAAGAUAAACGAAGAACGAUCGAUUCGGGACAAAAUAUUCCUAUCAACGGAUAUUUCGCUGAUAGUUGGAAUUAUUAAAGCAUUAUUUUUCGACGAAUUAUAUUGCAACACAUUUAUAAUCGUUGUACAAGUUUCUUCUUUGUUUUGCAUGUACUACUGGCUUCGUAAAGUUUAUUCCGAAUUAAUCUUGAACAACUAAUUAGUAGAAGUGUGACAUAUGUGUAAUUAAGUGAUGGGUGGUUAAAGGUACAACACACACACACAUACGCACGCAUAUACUCACAUAUACACACAUACACACACAUAAAUCAUGUUUUAACGUUGAACGCUUACGCGAUCCCAAGGUACGACUAGAUUUUAUACACACUCCCUUCUCUAUAUAGUAUCUAUUUUCUAUGUAUGAACCGAUUCAGGGAAAGAUUGCUCAGCGGUAUCUUCGCUGAGGGAGAAGAUAAAAUAACGCUGGAGUUGAGAUCAGUUUAUGUGUUUCACAUUUGUACACGCGUUUUCUAUAGCGAAACUGAUGAGACCGUGAGACUGUAAUCGUGAUUUGCAAAAAAAAAAAAAAACGAAAUCUAUUAUAUCGAACAGGGUUCCGUUCGCGUUAUACGCUUACAAUACGUGUCGAUUAUGGUCCGUAAAAUUCAUGUCGUGGCUUGCUUUCUAAUAAUAAGUGAUCGUGAUACGAGCAGCUGCCGUGUUGCAUAAAAGUGUGCGCGAAUUUCUUACAUAGUUGUACACAGCCAGUCAUUCACGAAUGACGUACUGCGACCUAUGAUACACCAAGGCACCUUUAAAUGAAUAUGCAACUGUGAAAGUAGCAUUCACGCCUGACAACGUUACGAGCUAGGGAACUAAUUCGUAUUAUUUUUAAUAAUAUGAGAAUCUCGGUUUCAAUCGACCGCGAGCACGCGAGUUCCAUGCGAAUUUUUGGCGUAGAUGAAAAAUCAAACUUCACAGCGAUAGGAACCGUCUCUUGUACUCGAGAGAAUCAUCGAUAUUUAGAUUAAAAUAACAGUGGGUAAUUUCUAAUCUACGUUUACUUUCAAUUCAACAUUUGUGUCGGCUUUCGAAAUUAUUUGCAAGUCAGACCGCUUGCACGGUUAUAGCAAAGUUAUACGACAUUUUUGCUUAUUUGCUAUCAUAUUUUUCAAAUU